GCCGACUGCUACAAACGGUGGUGCUCGCGGUUAAUUUUUACAAAAUUUCUGUUUAUUUCAGUAGUUGAAUAGAAAACUAUAUUGUCUUACUAUAUAAUGUAAGUCAAUACGCCUAAUGAAAACGUUAAUGUAUCCUGAAGAUGCCAGUUAAUUUGGUUGAAACGAAAAAAGGAGUCGAAAAAGCAAAGUUUUCACUGUCCUUGAAUAGAAAUGCAACUUAUCUGAGCAACGAAGACCGACAACUUGCAGACCCGAAAGAGAAAUCAGUUCCUGGCAAGUUCGGUAAUCACGAUAAUAAGGAGAACAGGCCGGCAAAGCGGCCAUUCAAAGGCACUUAUAACAAUACUUUGAGUUCGGCUAAAAAGUUAAAGCCACUCACUGAAUCACCUAAGCCACCAGUAUCAAAUCCUCCACCAGAAACAGAGCUGAUAAUCCUGAAAGCGCCCGUGGCAAGCACUGCCAUGUUGAAUGGCCACCACAAUGACAACCAGUAUGGGACGCAGCGCAAGAUGCCCAUUGCCACCCUGUCUAACCUCGGCAACACUUGCUUUCUCAACAGUGUUCUUUAUACCUUGCGGUAUGCACCAAGAUUCCUCCACAACCUUCACCACCUGGUCUCUGACUUGGCCAGUGUGGAACAGAACACAACUCUCGGCAGCAUACGACUGAAGAGUUCCUCGCUGGGGAGAAGCGCAGCUGGUCUAGCUUCGUCCGGAGCCAGGUCUUGGAGUAGUAAGGACCUGCUCUCUCUUGGACAGUCCGAUAACUGUUCAGAGAAGAGUAAAAUAAGGGUAGCAACGGAGAAACUUCACGAAACGUACCUUAACCUACGGGCGGCGGAGAGCAAGUGCUACAACAGUAACUCAUCAGACGCCUCUCCAGAGCCCUUCGCGGCUGACGCCUUCCUCGCGGCGCUGCGAGACGUCAACCCUACAUUUCGAGGUAACCGGCAACAAGAUGCCCACGAACUGCUGGUGUGCAUCCUCGACAACAUCCGCGAGACGUGUCGAGCGCUCAGCGACCGCGCGCGGUUACAGGCGCCCGAGAACGGAGACAGCAACGGCGUCGGCCGGCAACCAAGUCUCGAUAGCGACAGCAAAUCCAGUCUCGGCAACCUUCGCAAGUCGUGGAAGAAACGCAAGGAGGGCAACAAGAGGCACUCGCCUACUGAGGACAGGGCGCCUUCUCCGGCUGAACCUGACCAUAGGCCCGGAUGGGAUUUCGUUGCUGACGACUUUGAAGGCACGAUGGUAGUCCGAACAAUGUGCCUAGAGUGCGAAGCGGUGACGGAGAAGGCGCAAGCGGUCCUAGAACUGUGUGUGCCUGUAGGCGAGGAGGAAGCUCCCGACUCUGAACCCUUCCGGGCCGCCUGUCUCACCAGCGAGUACCUGAGGGAUCAGAACAAGUAUUGGUGCGAACGCUGCCUCCGCUACAACGAAGCGCGGCGCAGCGUGGCGUUCCGACUACCUCGAAUUCUAGUGUUGCAACUAAAAAGGUUCAGCGGCGGCAUGGAGAAGAUCACGCGGUACGCGCCCACGCCCCUGCUCAUGCCUUGCUUCUGCGAGGUGUGCGCGCGGCGCCCGCAGGAUCAAUCGCCCACACACAGUUACGUCCUCUGGGCGGUGAUCAUGCACCUCGGGCAGUCGUUAUCAGGCGGCCACUACGUGUCGUACGCUCGCGCCGCGCCCGGCGCCAACAACGGAGCCGGCGACACUUGCUCCAGGACUAGCGACGCGCCUCCACAGCCCACCAACUUCAUGCGGACACUGUUCCACCGGCCCAGGCAACAGACGCCUGGCUGUGCUGCUAAAGAGUGCUGCGUCCCGCGACCUCGUCCCGAAGCGUCGUGGCUGGCGUGCGACGACGAGCAGGUGAAGCCGAUCUCCAACCAGGAGUUCAGCGCGCUGCUGGGCGCCGAGCCGCGCGCCGCCGCCGCCGCCGCGCCCUACCUGCUGUUCUACGUCAAGGCCGACGACUAGCGCGUGCGGCCUGCGACCUCCGACAUACGAGACGGUCGUGAGGACGUGGUGAAGGAUGCGGCUUGAUGCGUAUAACUAGAGUGCGCGCCGCCAUCUUUGAUUUUUGCCUUUGCAAUCCUUCCUCCGACCGAUAUCUGAUCGGAUAAUGUAAACACACUAAGAGGAUGACGAGCUUUCUUUUAAGAAUAGGUUUUCCAAAAAUGAUAUGUACAGAUAUUAAAAGGGUCGGCGGCGUGCUCCUAUAAAGUUUCAGACGUCCGCCCAUAUGGUUGUUUGCCGAUGAUGUGAUCUAAAACGAUCGCAUUAAGUGUCUAUCGCCUUCUUUAAAUAUUAUUCUCGUCCGCGACGAAGAAAUAAUCCUACAAUAUGUAAAUGAUCAUUCUAUAAAGCGACUAAAUUGUUUUAUACGAUUACCUAAAUUAAAACUGUUCAGUAUGAAUUCGCUUCGCAAAAUAUUGGAAAACGCAAUUUCACCCCUCGUAUCAGUAUAUCUUAUUACACAAAGCUGCAUCCUUUGCCGUACAUCCGUGCUACCUCGUGAGUAUGACGCGUAACAUUUUACUACAAAGCUAUGCGUACAUAUAUGGCAGAGGUAACUAACCUUUAAAUAGUUCUAAAGAAAUAAGUAACAAGUAGAAGGUGUUUUCUGUCAGUGUGUGAAGAAUGCUUAUCUUAAUUGGUGAAGGGCCAACAAUGGUUAGGAACCUCUGAAAUAAACACAGAUCAUACUCUUUGAAUCAAAUUAACUAUUUACUAUGGAAAUAGUACAUAGCUCAAAUAUUAAAAUGCUUCGAACAGCUUUGUAUUAAAAUGUGAUACAGGAUACAGGCAUCCGAUUAGAAUACGCUAUAGUAUUGUGAAGGCAACAUUUCGUUCGUUCAAACAUUAUUUAGAUGCUUUAAAAAGACGUUUCAGAGACAGAAUACUGUCGGCCGUGAUAUUAUGAAUGUAGCUGAAAUAUAAGAUAUUAUAGAAAACGAUCAAAGUAUAUUGUAAAGUGUAUAUUAUAAAUGCAUCUCACUAUUUUCACUCGACAAUAUGAACUCCAAACAGUUUCGGAUAUACCUUCCAUUGUAUACUGUAUCUUCAUAGAGUUUAUAUAGUAUAGUUAGCUAACGCAAAUUUUGAGUCACCGACUACAUAAUUUCAUAUGCCAUAUAUUAAAUUAGUUUUAAAGACGUAAGCAUACAUGCUACGUGUACGGUACGCACACAUCACGCAAGUGGUGUGUCGUGUCUAUUAGGAGUCUGUAUAUAUUACCACGUCACGUCACACGCACCCCGUGAUUAACGUUAGGUAAUGUUAUCAGAGACACGUGAUUCAUAAAGACUGGUAGUCUCCAAAGUUUCAUUCAUCAAUAAUAGCGUCAGGUAUGUAUUUUGUUAGUCACUUUGACCUCUUAGCUCACAAAAUGUCGCUGUAGCCCAGUUUUUAGGGUUCCGUAGUCAACUAGGAACCCUUAUAGUUUCGCCAUGUCUGUCCGUCCGUCCGUCCGUCCGCGGAUAAUCUCAGUAACCGUUAGCACUAGA